AUGGGGUCAUACCUUUCAAAGCCGAUAACAAAAAAAAUCUCGACUCACGGGAUAGGAAAGAAUGUGGUGUUUGGCGCAAGUUCUAUGCAAGGAUGGAGAGAUAGUCAAGAGGAUGCUCACAAUUGCUGCAUAAACUUUGAUCGUAAUGCCUCAUUAUUUGCUGUUUAUGAUGGCCAUUGUGGUCAUGAAGUUGCUCUUCAUUGUUCCCAAAAGUUGCCUCAAUUUAUCAAGGAAACCGAUGCUUAUAAACGUAGUGAUGUUGGUCAAGCCUUGAUUGAUGCUUUCCUCGGUUUUGAUGCAACUCUGAAAAAACCAGAAAUCAUAAAAAUUCUGAAAAAAUAUAAAGUUACUGUUAAUAAACAAGUACCAUCAAAAGUUGAGGCUGAAGUUAAUGUUAAAAAUGAAUCAAGUUGUAAUAUCAAUGACGAUGAUGAUGAUGAAGCUGAAAAUAAGUACAUCUCAUCUAAAAAACCAGGCUCAACGUCAGGUUGUACUGCUGUUGUUGCACUUCUUCAUGGUGAAAACUUGUAUGUUGCAAAUGCUGGUGAUUCGAGAUGUGUCUUAUGUCGUGAUGGUAAAGCACUUGAGCUCAGUUUAGAUCAUAAACCUACAGAUACAGAAGAAAGGAAAAGAAUUUAUAAAGCUGGUGGUGUAGUAACUUGGCAGGGAAGAAUCAAUGGCAAUCUCAAUCUUUCAAGAGCAAUUGGUGAUCAUAAAUACAAACAAAAUACAGAACUUCCACCUGAAGAUCAAAUGAUUUCAGCACUUCCUGAUAUUAAACAUAUUUUAAUUGAUCCAAAAAGAGAUGAAUUUCUUAUCUUGGCUUGUGAUGGAAUUUGGAAUUGUAUGUUUAGUUCUGAAGUAGUGAAGUUCGUCAAAGAGAGAAUCAAUGAUGCUGAAGAUAAUAUUUCCAAAGUUUGUGAAGAGCUUUUUGACCAUUGCUUAGCUCCAGACUCACUUGGUGACGGCACAGGCUGUGACAAUAUGACAGCAAUUAUUGUUAAAUUCAAAAAUUCAACACAGAUUCCCGAAAUAGCAGGAAUCACACUACUGACAGCUGACUAUUUACACUGCAUAUAA